UCUCCAAGAACCCUAAAAACAGAGAAGGGGAAAAGAGCGGCAUUGCGAUGAAUCGCGAUCUCCACGCAGGGCAAAUUCUCUGGCGCCACAUCGUAUGGCGCACCAGGGAAUCCAAGGUGUUCUUCGCCGGCUUCAUGGGAGCGUGCCUCGUGGUGCCGUGGGUGGUGGCCGAGGGAUUCAUCUGGGCGUCGCGGCGCAAUGAGGAGAAGCUCAACAAGGAGCUUGGCCAGAGGCCCAUGGGCGUGUCAUCGGACAUGUCAAAGGUGAAUAAAGAUCGCCUCCAGGAGCUUCUGGACGAUGUGAAGAACAAGCGCGAUAUCAACGAUCGCUACGCCGCGGCGCUGCGUGGCCAGAUCAUGACAGGGCCUCCGGAAGCUCGAGUUCUUCACAAGGGAGGCGGCACGACUUUGCCACCGAUUCCAGCUCCAAGCCCAGUCCAGGCAGCGUCUAGCAAGCCACAGCCAGCAACACAGACGGCUUGAGUUGAUUCAUAUCCUUCUUUUCAUCGUUUCUUCUUCUUUGUUCUUCACUGAGAAUGUUUGCUGGAGUUUUUCCAGGAUUAUCGAUCGCUAUGUUCUCGGCAUUCCUUUGAAUGGAUCAUACGUUUAAAGCUCACGGAACAGUUUCUUUACGCUUUCACUUUGCUGGAGAUUUUUUCUUCGGUUUAAGUGAAUCCAGUUGCUUAGGUUGUUUGGUUCUCUUUCUCUCUUAUGGCUAUGGUGUGCUGCAGCUUGGGACUCGAGUGGAAGGCUAGACCCGGAGUUUUAAUCUCUGCCUCUACGGCCCAAGGCGCGAAAUCUUCAUCCUCCAAUAUCAAGGUGAUUGUAAGUGGUGCUUGCAAAGACAUUGGCAAGGCUGCCAUUGCAGCAAUCUCGAAAGCCCGAGGAAUGGAAGUUGCCGGAGCUAUUGACACAAUACGUGUUGGCGAAGACGUCGGUGAGGUUGCCGGAUUGGAAGCACUAGAAGUACCAGUGUCCAACAAUCUCGUCACGGUCUUGGGCUCUCUGUCUCAAUCGCGUCCAACCGGAGUAGUGGUCGACUUCUCGGAGGCAUCCGAGGUCCUCGAGAAUGUAAGACAAGCGACAGCGUUUGGGAUGAGGAGCGUGGUUGCGGUGCCAGGUGUGGAUUUGGACGUCGUCUCGCAGCUUAUCACAUUUUGCGAAAAGGCCAGCAUGGGCUGUGUCAUCGCACCAACGCUUUCGAUUGGAGCUAUUCUUCUUCAGGAAGCGGCCAUUGCUGCGUCUUUCCACUACAGUCACGUCGACAUAGUUGAGUCCCUGCAGAGCGCCAAGAACGUUUAUCCUUCUUCGGAGGCUCUCAGAGUUGCAAAGAGCAUGACCGGCAUGGGGCGCGUUUACAACGACUCCGAUUUCUCCAAAGAACAUCCGGCAAGAGGCGAGCUCGUAGACGAUGGAAUUAGGAUCCACAGUAUGGUUUCACCUGGAUUCAUUUCAAGCCUCGCCGUAAGCCUUUCAGGCCCAGGAGAGGUGUUUUCUCUGAGGCACGAUAUAACAGAUGUUAAGGCUCUCAUGCCUGGGCUCUUGGUUGCCAUUCGACGAGUUAUCAGGCUUCAGUCUCUUGUCUAUGGACUAGAAAAAAUACUAUGACUGAAUCGAUGGGGUCCAUCAAAUCGUUCCGGCCUCCAUUUCCUUUGGUGAGAUUAUCCUACUUAAUGCAUUCAAAAGCGAAGUUUUCUUGUCUUCGGGGUAGUUGUGCAAAAUCCGAACUAAAAGAAAUAGAAGCUUUAAGUGGAAACAAGUUCGAGAUAAA